AUGGAGAAACAUGGAGGAUUUGGUGGAGGAGAAGUCCGGUGGAAUCAGCCAAGAAACAAAGAAUCGGCGGAAGAGCUGGAGAGAUCAAGGGUGGCUUUUAAUCUUAGGAGGAUGAGAACGUCCUACACCCUGGGGGAUCUGUUAGAGGAGAGUUCUCGUGGGGUGUCAACUCAUCUAAGUUUAUAUCAUCAUUAUGAUCCAUUCACGAUCAAGAAGAAGAUGAAACCAAGUGAUUUGGGUAAUUUAUGCAGGCUGCUCGUGCCUUCAGAUUUGGUGGAGAAACACAUCUUGCCUUUCUUGAAUACGGAUCAAAUCAAACAGGUGAAUCAAGAAACCAAUUUGGGUUUGAAGGUCAGCGUUUGGGAUAUGAACACCCGGAGCAUGCAUCAGUUGGUCUUCAAGAGAUGGAGCACGUCGAGGAGUUAUAUUUUCAAUGAUGGCUGGACAAAAGACUUCGUUAGAAGGAGGAAUCUCGUUGAAGGUGAUGAAAUUGGACUCUACUGGGACAAUUAUCACUCUAGGUUUAAUUUCAAUGUUCUAAGUAGGGCUGCUGCUGCUAGCUGA